CGUGAAAUCGAACAGCGGUGGUUACACAUGGUAAAUCGUCGAAUGCGGCAGGACUGCAUACUAUCAGACAAGAAGAAGUUCCAGAAGAAGGCAAUACAAACAACAAAUAAAAACCUAGUGUUAAUAACAUGGGCAGGCUCAAUAAUGAAUGAGCACCAGUUUCUGAAAGACUGGAUGGAAACUGUUGGGGUUUUAGUGAGUAUGAGGUAA